AUGGAGAAUUCAACAUUUGAUUUCAACAAUGGAACUGAUAUCACCGGACAGUUUGUAGAGCUCAAUUUCAGUUAUACGGUAGAAUUAUGGAUGUAUGGAAUUGCGUUCUGUUUUGGAGUUCCCAGUUUUAUUUUCACAGUUCAGAGAAUUAUCAGGUAUGAUUUUUUUUAAUGAAAGGUGAAUGAAUCUGUGAUCCUAACUGAAAUGUUUCAAAAUUCUCAAAUUUAAAAAUAACAGAGGAACAGAAAAUGAUAAAAUUAUUAACUUAACUAAUUUACCGAUUCGAAAAAAAAAAUCAGAAAGCUCAGAAAAAUUGUUUUUCUUUCCGAUAUUCGGUGGUCACAUUUUUUUUUGAAGUUUUGAAGAAAUAUUCUAUAUCCAGAUUCCUGAAAAUAUUUUGACAAGAUAUUAUGCUCCUAUCAUUCCAUAUUUCCAGAACUUCUCGAAAAAACCUCAUUCUCGCUGCCCGUCUAUUCUCUUAUAAAAUCAGUCUAACAGUGGCGGAUAGUAUUAUAUUGUUUAUUUACGCUCCAGUGCAAUUUUUAUGGAUCAGAUCAUAUUUCGUGAGUUCAGCUGACUGAAAAAUCUCAACAGAAAUUUAUAAAAAUUCAAUAGUAAUUUUUCAGUGGUUUGGUGGUGAUUGGGGAUGUACAAUGUUCAAAUUUAUAUCAACUUUCGGAUUUCAUCUAACUGCAAAUAUGCAAGUUUUAGUUGCUGUCGAUCGAUUGCUUAUUACAGCAAAAAUGAAUCGAGUUAAUAGAAAUGUGAGUCUUUUCUCAAGUUUAUGGCUAUAAUUAUAGCUGUUUAUGAUGAACAUUUUUUUGGUUUUUCGAAGAAAACGUAUUAGUUCCGCAAUAAUAAUUGAUAUAUUUCGAUUUCAAUAGCAUCAGAGAUCAGUUUGGAACCAGAUUUGGUAAUCUCAACUGUUUUUACGCAGAAGAAGGAUUAGUUAACUUGUAAAAGAGCAUUUGUCAACAACCAUGAUGACAUUUAUGAAAAAGGAGAAGGGGAUAUUUAUAGAGAAUUGAGGUUUUGACUAGAGAAAAUUUUAUAUGAAAGAGAGCUAUUUAAUGUUAGAGGGGAAGUUGGAAAGUCAUAUGGUUUUCUGUGAAUUCUUUGAAAACUUGAAUUCAAAAAAAAUAUAGCUUUUUUCAAAUUUUUUAUAAUAUUCACCAUUUUUUGAUUUUUGAUGCUCGAGUACUAGAGAAAAUUUGACAAAUUCAUUUCUAGAAUGUGAUUUACUGUUUUCCUAUUUUUAGAAUCAAUUUAUUGCUUCUGGUCAGCAAAACCAAUAGAGAAAAACACUAUAUAAAAAAAAUAAAUUUCUUCGGAAACUUCGAUAAAUCUGUACAAAUUCGAAAAAAAUUAGGAUAUUUUUCUCGAGAUUAUUUUCGACGUUUCGACAAAUUUUAUUUUUGAUUUUUCAAAGUUUGUUCUUUAACUCACGUCAUAACUAGUUUUAGUUCAAACCUAUUAUCUCCAAAGAGUUCCAAUUAUUGUUUUUUUCAGUAAAUUCAUAAUUAUACGUUGAUAGUUCCGAAGUCAGAAGUUAAAAAAAGGAUUUUAAAAAGCUUAUGAAUAAAAAAAAUAAAAUUUGAAGGAAGAACAAUUCAAAUACUGAAAAAUACACAUUUCAGAUGAAAAAACGACAAUACAACACACGCCUUUGUCUGGCCGCAGCGUGGAUUCUCGCAUUGAUUUGUGCAUGUCCACAAAUCUUUAUUUUCCGUGAACGAAUGUCACCUGAUAUGAAAAAACAGUGUAUAUCAAUAUUCACUGAGAACCUCAUGGAAUAUUAUGACCAAUUGGCUAUGAUUGAACAAUAUAAUGCUGAAGUUGCUUAUAAUGAAAUCAUUUGGAAAAAUUAUACAUUGACAAAUAAUACAGAAAUGUUGAAUCUAUUGAUCGAUCCUCAAGUGCCAGAAAUAUCGAAUUCUAAAAUGGUCGAGAAUCGAAUGAAAUGGAGGACUAUUGAAACUGUAGGAAAACUCGUUUGUGAUUUUUGAAAUUGGAAUUUUGAUAAUUUUCAGACUUAUAAUUCAAUUCAUUUGGCGACCAUUUCAGUUCUGCCGUUUUUGAUUGUGUUGAUUUGUUAUACAAUGAUUCUGUAUAUUUUGAAAGGAGCGAUGAAAGGAAAAUUUGUUAGCUUGAAUGAUAUUUUCAAACAAUUGUGAGUUUGAAAAAAAAGACCUUUUCACGAAUUUUAUAGUAAUCAAGACCAUCAAUAUUGAAUCACCGAAAUUGAAAUUUUGAAAUCAUAAUUAAUAAUUUCAGUUUUGAAAAGUUCAACAUUUUCAUUUACAAAUUCUAAUAAAUGUUUCACAAAUUUUUUACAAAAAAAAUGAAGUCUUUCACUUUUCAGAUUCUGUUGUUGGUUCGGAAAUCAACGAAUAACCUCUCCAUCUGAAUCCAACAUGACCCAAGAAUCCGAAAAUCUAGUCUCCGGUCGAACAAAACUCGUGCGAACAAUAUCAUCCGACAAAAGAAGAUCCGCCUCAAUUGACCUUCCAAAUAGUCCUCGAAACGGUUCAUGUGUCAGUGUGUCUCUGAAUGAAAACGGUUCACCUACAGUAUCUAUUCAUCCAGCUGGUCACAUUGUGCAAAUUCGACCGCUUGGAUUUUUUCAACGAAUACUUCAAUGUAUUUUACCCUCAUUUAUCUAUAGAAGUACACCAGAAGGAUCAGUUCCUUUACAUUCUGUUUCUUACGAGUCGAAUUCUGGAAGAAGAACGAGUGAACCUCCAAGAUCAAAUACAAUGUGGGUGAAUACUGUGGAUACAGCAAGAAGGAAUGCAAGAUGGAAAGUGAGUGAAACAAUGAGUUUAGAUCACAACAGAGUCUUAUUUCUGAAAUUUUUUAACAAAGGAAAAACGUUUCAGGCAUUUAUGAUGAUCUCAUUGAAUUUAUUCUUUUGGGCACCAUAUGUUAUCAUAGCACUUAUAUCCGUUUUGGUCGAAACAUCGGAUGGAAAUUCCUUCUUAAUGAAUCUACAAUUUGUCAACUCGAUUCUCACAUUUAACGCAAUCUCAAAUAUUCUUUUAUAA